UACAUUUGAAGCUGCAAAAGUGGCUUGCGGAAACGUAGCUGGACUACUCUCCUGGACAAUGGCAAUGGCUAAAUACUUUGAAGUUAAUAAAGAAGUCCUUCCAUUAAAAGCAAACUUAGCUGUUCAAGAGGCAAAAUAUCAGAGAGCAUCGGAGGACUUACGGGAAGCUGAGGAAUUAUUACAGCAAAAGGAAAAUGAAUUAGCCGAGGUUCAACGUACAUUGGAAGAAGCGGUUUCUAAGAAACAAACGGUUUUGGCUGAAGCGAAAAAAUGCCAGGACAAAAUGGAUGCUGCAACGGCACUUAUUGGUGGAUUAGUAGGUGAAAAAAUUCGUUGGACUGAACAGAUUGCCUCUUUCAAAAGUGAAACUGAACGUUUGGUUGGGGAUGUAAUUUUGCUUACUGCAUUUUUGUCUUAUACAGGUCCUUUUAAUCAAGAGUUUCGGAGUCUUUUCUUAAACCUGUGGACUAAACAAAUUAUUGAAAAAAUGAUUCCGAUUUCAGCAAGUGUAAAUGUCAUAGAUAAUCUAACUGACCGCUCACAAAUUGGCGAAUGGAAUAUACAAGGACUGCCCACCGAUGAACUGUCUAUACAAAAUGGAAUCAUUGCAACUAAGGCAAGACGAUUUCCACUUCUCAUUGAUCCUCAAUCUCAGGGGAAAGUUUGGAUUAAAAAUAUGGAAAAGCAAAAUCAGUUAAUUAUUACAACCUUAAAUCAUAAAUAUUUCCGAAAUCAUAUUGAAGAUUCUCUUAACUUGGGCCAUCCUAUGAUUAUCGAAGAUGUGGCAGAGGAGCUGGAUCCCUGUCUAGAUAAUUUACUGGACCGUAAUUUGCUUAAAGUAGGAACACAAUACAAAAUUAAAAUAGGUGAUAAAGAAGUCGAUUGGAAUCCAGAUUUUAGAUGUUAUAUUACUACCAAGCUUCCUAACCCAGCUUAUACACCCGAAAUAUUUGCAAGAACUUCGAUUAUAGAUUUUACUGUCACGAUGCGAGGAUUAGAAGAUCAAUUGUUAGGUCGAGUCAUACAGACGGAAAGAAAAGAGCUGGAGGAUGAACGGGUACAAUUAGUGGAGACUGUCACAGUAAAUAUGAAAAAAAUGAAAGAGUUGGAGGCCAACCUCCUACAUAAGUUAUCUACGACACAGGGAAGUCUUUUGGAUGAUGUAACAGUAAUUGAAGUACUUAACACAAGUAAAAACACAGCUAUAGAUGUCAAAGAAAAAAUUGAGGUAGCUAAAGUAACAGAGCUCAAAAUAAACGCAGCUCGUGAAGAAUAUCGUGUUGUGGCAACUCGAGGGAGUGUGUUAUAUUUCCUUGUUUGUAGUAUGACUAUGGUAAAUAACAUGUAUCAAACAUCCUUGGUGCAGUUUCUAGAUCGUUUUGAUGCUUCUAUGCAUAAUUCAGCAAAAACCCAUAUUACACAGAAGCGUAUAAAACGAAUAAUAAACUAUUUAACGCUAGAAAUUUAUAGGUAUAAAUCUCGAGGACUUUAUGAAAAAGAUAAAUUUCUUUUCGUACUUCUUAUGGCAUUGAGUAUUGAUCGUCAACUAGAACUUAUUACGUUUGAUGAAUUUCAGACAUUUAUUAAAGGAGGUGCAGCAAUAAAUUUAAAUGAUUGUCCUCCAGUACCAUUUCGUUGGGUAGUGGAUGAAACAUGGUUAAAUUUAGUUCAGCUUACCAGUCUAUCACCAUUUGUAAACAUACUUACUAAAGUAAGUGCAAAUGAGCGAGGCUGGUUUAUAUGGUUUAAAAAGGAUUCUCCAGAAAAUGAAGUUAUACCAGAUGGUUUUAAUUCACUUGAUCCAUUUCGCAAGAUGCUUCUUAUUCGAUCAUGGUGUAUGGAUCGAACUAUUGCUCAAAGCCGUAAAUAUAUAUCUCAUUCAUUGGGAGAAAGAUUCGCAGAGCCAGUAGUUCUAAAUUUUGAGGAGCUACUAUUAGAAAGUAGAGAGCUUGUUCCAAUGAUUUGUUUUCUCUCGCUUGGCUCUGAUCCUUCAUCUAAUAUUGAAUUAUUAGCUAAAAAAAAUGAGUUAAAGUGUCAUCCUAUUUCAAUGGGCCAGGGACAAGAAAUCCAUGCUCGUAAAUUAAUAUCCACAUGCAUGGAGGAAGGCGGUUGGGUGCUUUUGCAAAAUUGUCAUUUGGGUUUAGAAUACAUGAAUGAACUCAUGUUUCAAAUUCUUGAAUUAGAGCGUCAAAGUCAACUUUAUAUUAAUCCAGGAUUUCGUAUUUGGAUAACCACCGAACCUCACCCUAUGUUCCCAAUUACAUUACUGCAAAUGUCACUUAAAUAUACAAAUGAGCCGCCAGCAGGAAUUCGAGCUGGACUUAAACGAACUUAUACCAAUUUAUCUCAAGAUUUCCUCGACUAUUCACAGUCUCCAUUUUAUUUGUCUCUUGUGUAUUCAAUAUCUUUUCUACACACUGUAGUACAAGAGCGACGAAAAUUUGGACCACUAGGAUGGAAUAUCCCUUAUGAAUUUAAUUCUUCGGAUUGGUUGGCUAGUUGCUUGUUUGUUCAAAAUCAUUUGGAUGACCUUGAGCCUGGAAAGGGAAUUAGCUGGGUAACUGUACGUUAUAUGCUAGGAGAGGUACAAUAUGGAGGGCGUGUUACUGAUGAUUAUGACAAGCGACUCCUUAAUACGUUUACACGAGUUUGGUUUCAUGAUGGGCUGUUCGAAGACAGUUUUCAAUUCUUUAAAGGAUAUGUCGUAUACAGUUUUAAAGAACGGGAAGCAUAUUUAUCGGCUAUUGACAAUAUGUUCAACGUCGACCCUCCUCAAGUAUAUGGCUUUAAUUCGAAUGCCGAAAUAACGUAUCAAACAAAUACGAUGAGAACAAUUUUAGAAGAAAUAAUGGCCAUUCAACCCAAAGAAUCUUCCAGCGGAUCUUCAGAAACUCGAGAGGAUCGUGUUGCUCGUCAAGUACGAGAAAUGUUAAGUAAGACACCCCCAGCAUUCGAUUUAUUUGAUGUGAAGCAAGUCCUUAUUGCUGCUGGUGCAACAAGUUCGAUGAAUAUUUUUCUUCGUCAAGAGAUAGAUAGAAUGCAAAGAAUUAUACUCCUAGUCCGGAAUACAUUUAAAGAUCUGUUACUUGCUGUUGAAGGAACUAUAAUAAUGAGCGAAAAUUUAAGAGACGCUCUUGAUAAUAUUUUUAAUGCACGCGUACCAACUGUGUUCAAACGAGGCAGUUGGGUUUCUUCUAGCCUGGGUUUCUGGUUUACUGAGCUUAUCGAUCGUCAUACUCAAUUUUACGGUUGGUGUUUUGGAUCGCGACCUGUUGUAUUUUGGAUGUCUGGAUUUUUUAAUCCUCAAGGAUUUCUUACUGCUAUGCGACAAGAAGUUGCUCGGGCGCAUCAAGGAUGGGCCUUAGACCAGGUGACGAUGCAUAACGAUGCCCUUAAAGUAGGUCCAGAAGAGUGUAAGAAACCACCGAAAGAGGGAGUUUUUGUUCAUGGUUUAUAUGUAGAUGGUGCUGGCUGGGACAGACGAACAUCACGUCUGGUGGAGUCAACCAACAAAGUCUUAUUUACUCUUAUGCCAGUUGUUCAUAUCUAUGCUAUAUACUCAACAGCUGCUAAGAACCCUAAACUUUACACGUGCCCGGUCUAUAAAAAGAUAAAUCGUACUGAUCUGAACUAUAUAUGUGCAUUAUGGCUUCAAUCCAAUAAGCCUCCAGACCAUUGGGUCCUUCGAGGUGUUGCUCUUUUAUGUGAUGUUAAAUAAAUCCAUUUACCUUAUUAAUGUUAAAUUUUAGUAAAAUUAAUA